CGCCCUGCAGGCUGUGAUCGGUCCGGCUGCUCCGCUGCUGUGUGGCAGUGGGAGCUGAGUGGGCUCGGGCUGACACUCCGGAGGGCUCGUGCCUGUGACCUGAGCGGACUUGGAGGAUUUAAAGCUGAUCUGCGCGCACCGAGGGUCGCGGCUGCGCACGUGAACGCGCUGAAUCUCGCGGCGCUCAGUUAGCCAGCUGCGGUGGACGUGGACCACCUGUGGGCGGAGGAUGGCCCGCUGGAAGGAAGGCGCCGCCCUCCUGCUGGCUCUGCCGGUUCUGCUCAGCCUGCGAGCGGAGGCCCGAACUCACGGCCCGGGUCAAACCCGGCAUGACCACGAUCGCCUCCAGAACAUCACACUGGCUGUCAUUUUACCAGAGAACAACACCAGAUACCCAUGGGCGUGGCCUCGCAUCGGCCCAGCCGUGGACCGGGCCAUCAGAAACAUCAACGCCGACUCCACCCUCCUCCCCAACCAUCACCUCGUGUACUUCUUCAAGAACAGCCAGGACAAGGAUGGGAUGUGCUCCGAGUCUGUCGCCCCGCUCAUGGCGGUGGACCUGAAACUCGCCUACAACCCGUGGGCGUUCAUCGGGCCCGGCUGCUCCUACAGCUCCUCCCCCGUCGGCCUCUUCACCACCCACUGGAGCGUUCCCAUGGUGACGGCGGGCGCCCCGGCCGUGGCGUUUUCCAGCGGAACGUACCUGUCUAUCACCAACACGGGGCCCACGCACAAGAAGCUUGGGCGGUUCGCGGUGCGGAUCUGCGAGCAUUUUGGGUGGCGGGAACAGGUGAUGGUUGUCUUCAGCGACAACAAGAAGGACGACCGGCCAUGCUACUUCGCCAUCGAGGGUCUGUACAUGGAGCUGAGCAACAUCAACAUCAGCGUCGAGGAAAGCGUGUUCAUUGAGGACAAGUCCGUGACCUACUCCCAGAUCCUCUCCAAAAUCCAGGAUAACGGGCGAGUGGUCUUCGUCUGCUGUUCUCCUGACGUCUUCAGGAAGCUGAUGGUUGAGUUCAGGCGGGAGAAUCUCACUCACGAGCAGUACGUCUUUUUCUAUCUCGACGUGUUCGCCGACAGCCUGAAAUCUGAACACCGCCAGCCGUGGCGCCGCGGGGACCGUGAGGACGCUAUUGCCAAGGAAGCCUUCCAGAGUGUGAAGAUCCUGACGUACCGAGAGCCUCAGAACCCCGAGUACCAGGAGUUUGUCCAGAAUCUGAAGGCAGACGCCAAGGACAUGUUCAACUACACCAUAGAGGACUCACUGAUGAACAUCAUUGCUGGAGGCUUUUAUGACGGCCUGAUGCUGUACGCUCACGCUUUGAACGAGUCCAUGUUGGCGUCCAACGAGCGUCCGAACGGGAAGGAUGUGACCCCGAGGAUGUGGAACCGAACCUUCCCCGGUGUGACAGGGCUGCUCCACCUGGAUGAGAGUGGGGACCGAGAGACCGACUUUGCUCUGUGGGACAUUGUAGACACCAACAGCACCUCCUUCCAGAUCGCUAUGGUGUACAGCACCACUGAGGAGCAUCUGACCGCCGUACCUGGAACACACCUGUACUGGCUGGGCGGAGCCCCUCCCCCUGAUUUUCCUGUCUGUGGCUUCAAGAACGACAACCAAGUCUGCCUCGCAAAGACCAUCACCAUCUACCAGAUGGUCUCCAUCGUGGUCUUCUUCUUCUUCAUCUUGAUCCUGACCAUCGCCAUCUUCAUCUACAGGAGGAUGAAGCUGGAGAAGGAGCUGGUAGCUCAGCUCUGGAGGAUCUCCUGGGACGACAUCCAGAUGAGCAACCUGAACAAGGUGCUGCGGAGCGGCAGCAAGCUCACACUGUCACUGAGAGGCUCAAACUACGGCUCCCUGAUGACCGGAGACGGGAAUCUGCAGAUCUUUGCAAAGACCGGAUACCACAAGGGGAACAUCGUGGCCAUCAAAUACAUCAACAAGAAACGCAUCGAGCUCAACAGGAAGGUGCUGUUUGAGCUCAAACACAUGAGAGACGUCCAGAACGAACACCUGACCAGGUUCAUUGGAGCGUGCAUCGACCCCCCCAACUGCUGCAUUGUCACAGAGUACUGCUCCAGAGGCAGUCUGCAGGACAUCCUGGAGAACGACAGCAUCACUCUGGACUGGAUGUUCAAAUAUUCCCUCAUUAAUGACAUCGUAAAGGGCAUGCUUUUCCUCCACAACAGCGUCAUCUUCUCCCACGGUAAACUCAAGUCCUCCAACUGCGUUGUGGAUAACCGCUUCGUCCUGAAGAUCACUGACUACGGUUUGUCCAGCUUUCGGUCUGAGAGCGAUGCAGCCAGCGACGCUCACGCCUACUACGCCCAGAAGCUGUGGAUGGCUCCAGAGCUGCUCAGGAUGGAGUGUCCUCCUCCUCAGGGAACCCAGAAAGGAGACGUCUACAGCUUCGGCAUCAUCCUCCAGGAGGUGGCGCUUCGACGAGGAGCCUUCUACCUGGAGGGAGACCCGCUCAGCCCUAAAGAGAUUGUGGACCGCGUGAUUCUGGGGGAGUGGCCCUGCCUGAGGCCGACCAUCGACCCGCAGAGUGACCGCCCCGAGCUGGGUCAGCUGAUGGAGCGCUGCUGGGCCGAAGAGCCGACGGAGAGACCCGAGUUCAACCAGAUCCGAGUGCUGCUGCGCAAACAGAACAAGGAGUCACGGACCAACAUCCUGGACAACCUCCUGUCCCGGAUGGAGCAGUACGCCAACAACCUGGAGGAGCUGGUGGAGGAGCGAACGCAGGCGUACCACGAGGAGAAACGCAAGGCCGAAGCCCUGCUGUACCAGAUACUACCACAUUCGGUGGCCGAGCAGCUGAAGCGUGGAGAGACGGUUCAGGCUGAAGCCUUCGACUCGGUCACCAUCUACUUCAGCGACAUCGUGGGCUUCACCGCCAUCUCCGCAGAGAGCACGCCGAUGGAGGUGGUGACUCUGCUCAACGACCUCUACACCUGCUUCGACGCCAUCAUCGACAACUUUGACGUUUACAAGGUGGAGACCAUCGGCGACGCCUACAUGGUGGUGUCGGGGCUGCCGGUGAGGAACGGGAAGCUGCACGGCCGAGAGAUCGCCCGCAUGGCGCUCGCCCUGCUGGACGCCGUCAGAGCCUUCAAGAUCCGCCAUCGACCCGAGCAGCAGCUAAAGCUGAGGAUCGGCAUACACAGCGGUCCCGUGUGUGCGGGCGUGGUUGGUCUGAAGAUGCCUCGGUACUGCCUGUUUGGCGACACCGUCAACACGUCAUCACGUAUGGAGUCCACUGGUGAAGCGCUGAAGAUCCACGUGUCGGCGGCGACUCGAGACGUUCUGCUAGAGUUCAACUGCUUUCAGCUGGAGCUCCGAGGGGAAAUCGACAUCAAGGGCAAAGGGAAGAUGACCACCUAUUGGCUGCUGGGAGAGAGCGACAGCCAAUGACAAAGCACCGUCAACAGGAGGACGACAGGAGAGGACGGAAGAAACGAGGAAAGGAACUGGGGAGUGAAUAAGGGGUAACACCGCUACAGAUGAGGGGAUGAGAAAAGGGCAGAAGGGAGCAGAGCUUGAAGGAAAGGAGGACUCACUCGGGCGCUCGCCACCUCCUUGCUGCUUCUCAUCUCUGAGCAGAAGGACUUUGGAUGGAUUGGGACUGUUGGACGGGAGGAAGUGACACGGGAACGGAGGCACACGAGGACCCGGACUCUCCUCACACUCGGAUCAAAAGUGUCCUGUUUUCCGGUCCUGGAAAAAGAGUUUUUCACCGUCGUCCCACUGAUACUCCGAGCAGUUUGUCUCUCCACGCUGACGUUCACCAUGCUGCCUCUUCUUCACUUUUAUGUGGCCCUGCAUUCAUCAUCUUCAUUUCCUGUCCCUGCUGUCACUGGAGGAGGGGCACCUGGAUAGGGCGCCGCCCUGCUAAGAUGGUGAGGCUAAGGACGAACACAUCGGAUCGGCCAGAGGGACAAAGGAGUCGAUCCGAUCUGUGAACUACAGCGUUCUCCAAAUGUCAUCAGUGAGGAAAAAACGGUCAAAGUUUCAGAAGCAUCAGUGUUUUUAUCACACGGUGAAGUGAGGAGUGAGCGCGGCUCCUCAGCUGCAUCCCUGCAGCCAGGAGCUCCUGACUCAGGCUCGUAUACCACAGAGGACGCUGUGCAUCAGAAAAACACUGAAGCUAAAAACAAAGCGCUGAGUUUGGGGACUCUGUGUAACCUGAAUGGUGUUCUUCAAUAAGCAACCAAAUCAGCCUACGUCACCUCGCAACGAUCAAAGAAUCAACAUGAAAACCGCGCUGCCGUUUCAGAGCCCGAGAGGAACAAAAGACUGCAGAGCUGCAACGUGUCCGAGCUGCAGCUGCUCUACAGCAAACGCACAUCUGUGAGGCGCCGUCACAAACAGCUGGAGAACAUCAGAGACUUUCACGAAUCAGUGUUGAAUGGAUCAUUAUUACAUCUGCAUAUGUUUCAGAUCAUUUAUAUUCUGUCUAUUGAAACUAGAUCAACGUAUUUUAAUCCCACGAUCGUCUGAAUAAAAGCCUCGAGCAGCGUGUGAUGUGGUUAACUUUGAUAUCUGAGACAUUCAAGUGAAAAAAUUAAAUCAUCUUAAAUUAA